AACAAGACACUUUGGAUUCUGUCGGCUUCUAGGCUAGGCUACGCUUUGUUGUCGAGGUUGCAAAGUGGUUUUGGUGUUGUGUUGUAUACUGAAAGUCUUAAUUAUGGUGACAGACGAGGAGAAUAUCAAGAAGCUUGCAGAAAACCUAGAGAAACAAGAACUUGAUGCACCGGGCGGCGUUCCAGCAGCUCAGGUUUACUCCCAACUUCUGGCAAUUUAUCUGUACCAAUAUGAUUUAUGCAAUGCAAAAUAUUUGUGGAAGAGGAUUCCACAGCCCAUAAAAGGUAGUAAUGCAGAACUGACACUGAUAUGGAAAGUUGGGCAGAAAAUGUGGCAACGAGAUUUCCCAGGAGUAUAUGCUGCUCUGAAUUCAGAAUGGUCAGAGAAUGUAUCUCAGAUAAUGCGUGCUUUACAUGAUAAUGUUCAAAGGGCUGUGCACUUGGUGUCCCAUGCAUACUCCUCUAUCAGUUUGGACGACCUGGCAGCCUUUGUUGGGAUGACAGCUGAACAGGCUGCACAGGCAGCAUUGGAACAGGGCUGGCAGGUGGACGAGUCUGCUCGUUUGGUCAAUCCUUGUCGACCAAAGGAAGAGCUCAACUAUAUUAGUUCGAGUGAAGAUCAGCUGUACAAAUUAACAGAAUAUGUUUCAUUUCUUGAAAACUAGAACUUUGGAACCUAUGUUAAUAGGGGCCCCACAUAAAAAAUGUGAUUUCUGUACAUAUUUUAUAAUAAACUGUAAUAACAGUU